AUGUCCUACAACAGCUCCAUCACUGGGUUUCUCCUCCUGGCAUUUGCAGACAGGCGGGAGCUGCAGCUCUUGCACUUCUGGCUCUUUCUGGGCAUCUACCUGGCUGCCCUCCUGGGCAAUGGCUUCAUCAUCACCACCAUAGCCUGCAACCAUCGCCUCCACACCCCCAUGUACUUCUUCCUCCUCAACCUCUCUCUCCUCAAUCUGGGAUCCAUCUCUACCAUUGUCCCCAAAUCCAUGGCCAAUUCCUUCUGGAAUACCAGGGAUGUCUCAUUCUUGGGGUGUGCUGAACAAGUCUUUCUGACUGUCUUUUUCAUUUCAGCAGAAAAUUUUCUUCUCACCAUCAUGGCCUAUGACCGUUACGUGGCCAUCUCCAAACCCCUGCACUACAGGACACUCCUGCGUAGCAGAGCUUGUGUCCACAUGGCAGCAGCUGCCUGGGGCAGUGGUUUUCUCACUGCCGUGCUGCACACAGCCAAUACAUUUUCAAUUCCACUCUGCCAAGGCAAUGCUGUGGACCAGUUCUUCUGUGAAAUCCCCCAGAUCAUCAAGCUCUCGUGCUCAGAUGCCUACCUCAGGGAAGUUGGACUUCUUGUGGUCAGUGUCUGUUUAACACUUGGUUGUUUUGUUUUCAUCGUGCUGUCCUAUGUGCAGAUCUUCAGGGCCGUGCUGAGGAUCCCCUCCUCCCAGGGACGGUACAAAGUCUUUUCCACGUGCCUGCCUCACCUGGCCGUGGUCUCCCUGUUUCUCAGCACUGCAAUGUUUGCCUACCUGAAGCCCCCCUCUAUCUCCUCCCCAUCUCUGGAUCUGGUGGUGGCAGUCCUGUACUCAGUGGUGCCUCCAGCAGUGAACCCCCUCAUCUACAGCAUGAGGAACAAGGAGAUCAAGGAGGUCCUGAAGAAA